AUGGGCCCAAAUUUUGAUUAAUCUGAAUUGCCAAAUACAUGGGAAUGUAUAGUUUUCAAUACAACUGACCAAAAGAUAGAUUAAUAAUUAAAGAAUGAAGAGCCAAAGAAAGUUACUAUCAAAGCAAAUGAAUUAGACUUUUAGAUCUAGUUAGAUACAGUAUGUAUCAUUGAUAAUUAGGUUACUACAUAAAAGCAUAAAGUUAACAUCAAAGAUCCAAUCAAAUCACUCAUUCAUCCAAUGAAAAAGCUUUACCUAAGCAAAUUAUCAGGAUUUUUAUUCGAAAAAGAAUUAGAAUUAGGCAAUACCUUCAUUUAAGAGUAGAUUUACAGCAAUUAAAAAAUUGUCAUGCAUGGAGUAAGAACUGAUAAAAAUCUUGAUGGUGAUCUAACUAGAUUCUUUCAAAGAUUCGAAACAUGUUCUCCAGAGGGAGGAUGGGAAUACUAUGGUGUGAUGGAUGGAAUAAAACUAUUGUGCCAUAGGAGUUUAGUUUUUAAAGGGCAACAAACUUCAAUGGCUUAGACAUUUUACUCUGAUUAAGGCUUAGAUUAUGACAGGAUUUAAAAUCCAGAUAUGGGCAUUUUUAAAUUGCAAAAUUAUGAAGAAGAUCAAAGCUUCUCUACUAUUAGUGGAGGUGUUAUACCUGGAUUUCUUUAUUAAUUGCUUUGA